GCACUGCCGAAAAGCAAUUUCCAGCACUGUCAAAAGGAGUCGCAGUAGGGGGUGUAAAAAUAACGGGAGUAAAAUGAUUUUGCGCCCGUGGGAUCGGGUUAAGCCCCGAUCCAUGUCGGAUUUGGCCUGCUUCCUUCUGGUGGCCAUCUUCGUGCCCGUGACGUACAUCUUCCAGGUGACAAUUGUGAUGCCGGAGCUGUUUGCCAUUGGAGGGGUUUGCUACACGGCCCUCUGGCUGGCCAGCCUGUUCCUCGUCUUCAACCUCACAUCGAACAUGCUGGCCUGCAUGCUGGUGGACACCAGUAUCCGGAUGGAGCUGCUGAAGCCACCAGUGGAUCCGGGGCAAUUGGCGCGGUGGCACAUGUGCCAAGACUGCCAGACACUGGUGCCACCUCGCUCCUGGCACUGCGAGGUGUGCAACGUAUGCGUCCUGAAGCGGGAUCACCACUGCCGAUUCACCUGCUGCUGCAUCGGGCACCAUAACUAUCGAUACUUCUUCUUCUACCUGGUGUACAUGAUCAUCGGAUCCUUGGCGGCCGCCAUCAUGGAGAGCAUCUAUCUGUGGCACCUCCAUCCGGACAUCUACUGGCGGUGGUCGACGCUGUUCACCGUCCUCGGUCCCGUCGUCAGCCUUACGCUGUAUCCCAGCUGGGAGACCUUUUACAUAGUCAUAUACGAUCUCACCCUGCUGGGCUUCGCCAUAUCAUCGCUUCUCCUGGUCUUCCACUGGCCGAUAGUCAAGAGCGGUUCGGUGACAAGGGAGCGCGGCUCAAGGAAGUACGACCGAGGCUUGCGAGGCAAUCUGGAGAUGGUGCUGGGCAAUCGGAUGCACCUGACUUGGCUGUCACCUUUUUUACGUAGUGAUUUGCCGCACGAUGGGGUGAACUGGGAACCAAUAGCUGCAUUCUCGCCGAAGGAGGACUAGUUUAUAAUAGUGUAUUAUCCAGCGUUGGCAUUAAUAUGAGUAUAAGUGGCAUUUACUUACGCGUUAAAUUUGUAGUAUUCAAAUAUGGAGUAUAUGGUAAUGGUUAUACGGAAGGAAACUAGUCAAUACCUGAAUCUUAAUCUGUAUCUAUAUCGUUCCACCUCUAUAUUAUCAUUAUCUCCUGUUUAUAUAAGAUGGGCUUGCCGAGACUUAGGUCGUUACUUCUCAAUGACUUGUAUUAUUCUGCAAUAUUUUGACCAAGAUAUACAUAUUAGCUGGGUCAAUAAUAAUGACACAUUUUUACACAACAAAUUUUAUAUCAAGUACAAAUAGAUUUCAUUAACAUAAAGCUUUACUAACUUAUCA